AUGCCUGAGAAGCGGGAGAAGAAAAGGAAGGACGUCAGUUGGAAGGAGAAGAUGCGGAAGGCGAUGCUGGCACCGCCCCUGAGGAAGUUGACCUCGAACGGGACCUUCGAGGUCACGGAGGACACUCCGCCUGACAUGCUGGAAGGUUGCAUGGACCUCAACGUGGUCCUUCCUUCUGGCAAAGAAGUCCGCGUCACCAUCGAACGAAAGACGCCCAUGAUGGACCUGUUGGUGCAGGUGACGACAGCCAACAAGAUAAAUCCCGGAGGCCACAUGAUCCACCUUUUCACCGACAGAGGAAAGGACUUCAUUCACUACAAGCCCAACACGCCCAUCGGUGCGUUGGAGACGUCAACCAUCCACAUCGUUCCUAAGAACAGCAUCCUUGACCCGGCCGUGAAAAAGCCGGAGAAAGUCAACGGACAGCCGUUCGAGAAGACAAUCCGUCUUCAGGCAAGUUCCUACGCAGCUUACUAUCAUGCCAUUACACGAGAUGGAAGCGCUGGAUCGCAAAAGUGGAGCAAGGCGACUUCUCUGUCUUAUCUCUCUUCGACCUUAGAUAUGAAAUUUUCAGUGAAUCUGCCGCGGAAUCAGUUGACAUUCCUGCGGGUGAAUCCCCGAACUGCGUUGGCAGAAGUCCUCCGACACGUCUGCGAAGAAAAGUCCUUGGAUCCCAGAAAAUACGAACUCCGUCAUCCACGCAACCUGAACGAGCGGUUGCAGUUGAGCCGGAGCAUCUCUGAGUAUCAGAUCUCGGAAGUGAGCGUCGUGGUGGCGAACAAGGGAAAUCACCACGGAUCCAUUCUCUCCUCGGCUGACAUCUUGGCCAUGCACCGAUCCUCCGACGAUCCCAUCGGACCUAAUCAAAAGGGAUUCAACUAUCGCAAAAGCAAAUCCAGCAUGGGAGAUUCGAGCGCAAGUAGUGACAGCCUGGGGGAUCGAAGCAGCCCCGGGCUAUCCCCGACCCGAUCCGACGAAUCCCUGACUCGAAGUGUCUCUCCACCCUCCACAUCCGCUCCCAUCUUUCCCAAGCCUCCUCCCAGGGUUCGCAAGAGACCUGCACCCAAACCCCCCGCUACCAAUGGACAGAGUACCACCCUUUCCAGAGGAGCAUCUGAUGCAUCUUCAGGUUUCUCCGAGAAACAUGUUAAUGGGAAGCAUGAUGAGGGAGAGGCAACAGAAGGGAAGCCCAAGACUUCAACUCCGACGCGAGACGGGAAAGUGACGAGUUUCUCCAGCCUCACAAACCUGACGACAAUCAACAGCACUUCGAAUUUGUCAAUUGCAUCAACGACAGGGAAGAAGCGAAGGGCCCCAGCCCCACCAACGCAAGCUAUCAAGGAAGAGUCUGGAGAUGCCAUGGAGGCCAUGAAUGGAGAUGGACAUGAAGCCCCUAUUGCCCAGAAGUCUACUGUAAGAAGACAAAGCAGCUCAAGCAGUGCCAAUGGCAUGGAGUCUAUUUCGAUCGAGAGGGAAACCAAGCUGGAGAAACUCCCGGAUCCGGUGCAAAUUGAGACGGUAGAGAAAGUGAAAAUGUUGACUGUGGAAACAGAGGUAGAGGCUGGGAACGGGAAUGUGUCCGUAUCGCCCAGUCUUUCCUCCGAUCACAGCUCCACUGUAAGUGGUGUUUCAUCACCUACUCACAGUGAAGAUCUUCCCAACGGGCAGCGUUUUCGACAUCCAAUCCCAAAACCUCGUAAGCAGACAGUGGAAAACCUCCUGUCUCGUGGUGGUGGUAGUGGCUCGAGUUCUGUGAAGAAGGUUGACAGUAGACCAAAUGCCAAAAUAUCCGUGCAACCGCCUGCACAGGUCCCACAAAGAAUAUUGUCCCAAGCCAGUGUAGACUCUGCAGAUAGUAUUGCGCUCAGUCAAAUCAGUGUGGACUCGGAAAGCAAUUUUCCAAGUUUCCAUCACGACCGUGACGGCUUGGGUGUAGCAAACGAAAAAGAGGCGGAACAGGAAGAUAAGAAACGGAAGAGUGGCUUCAGGGGAACUCUGUCAAAGCUUGGGCAUAGACUAAAGAAGCCCAAAACUGAUAGCAAGAAACAUGAGGAACCUGCACCGCAUGUCCCACAUCUUCCAAGUUUGGGAGAGGAUGACUUAGAGUUAGACAUGCGAUUGUUUGAAUCCCGCAAGUCAAUCACCGUUCCAGAACGGAAUCAAAAGAGGGUAGCUCCCAAAGUUCCUCCUACUAUGAGCAAGGAUGCAGAUAGUGAAAAACCAGCCCAGGUGAAACGAGAGGAAUUUAGGGCUUCACGUCAGGCUCCAUCGAUGCAGUCAUCCAGUGGGAAGGCCAACGUAUCUUCCGAGUUCAAGGUAUUGAAGGACAUCAAGAGCUCGCCCAUUUUGGAAAUUAAAAACAGGGACCGUGAGGUUCCAAAGCCUGCCAGGAUCCAUCGAGAAGUGUCUAGCUCUUCAAGCUUGAAGGAGGACAUGAUAGAGCCAAGGGAGAACCUGGGACACUGGCCGAAUGUUGAUUCCUUGAACCACUUGUCGGAUCUUGAUGAGGAAGAUAAGGGCCUUCGCUUGCGUUCAGUCACCAGCAAAGCCUCUGCUGAUCUGGACUCAGAUCAUGAAGUCCAGGAGAGGAAGGCAAGCCUGUCGUCUGAGGGCUCCACUUUGAGUGAAUCCUUUGGCCAAGCUGUUGCCAUAGCUGAAAAGUACCAUAGUGAAGAAGAAAACCAACCUCUCACUUCUCAAGAAAUGGAGGUGGAAGAACUGCCACUUGUGAAGGGCAAAGAUCAGAGAGAUGAAGUAUCCUCAAUGAUGGGGGAUACCAUAGAGAAGAGUAAGGAAGAGAGGAGGGUAGAUGAGGAGAGACUGAAGCAAGUUGAGUCAGAAAUUGUAGAUUUUCCAGUUCCAGAUUCCAUAGAGCCCCCUGAUGGAUUUAAAGGGACACCACAGGGCUCAAUGGAGCUCCUGGACAAGAUCCCUGAGCCACCAAGUGCCUUCAAGGAUGAUGAAGAGACAUCUGUGGAUAGUUUCCAGGUGUCUACUAGAGAUGCAGAGACUGGAAUGGAACCAGAAUCAUAUGGGGAAUCAGAUUUUGGUGACAGUCGAAAAUCCAGCUCAGAUUCCAGCAGUUUACAGUCCCCUCCCCCUCUGCCAAUGUCUUCACCUCCCAAGAAGAAGCCAGAGACUGAAGCAUCAAGGAAGCAGGAUGCCUUUGCCCAGACUGGUCCAUCCAUUAACUUCUCGAUUGACACAUAUGGAAGGCGUUCUUCAUCAGAGGAGCGGAAGUUGAUGAAGUCCGAGUCUUUCUCGUCAUCUUCUAAUCAGUCCACUCCAAGGCUUGGUGUGUCUAAGGCCGAGUCUUUCACUGCGAAGUCUUUCUCAAGAGGGCCUGGACUGAGUAAAGGCCAAGCUGGAAUUAGUGAGAGCAGUGAAGAUGAGCAGCCAUCUCAGAUGAAUGGGCCUUUCAAGAUGCCUCUUCCUGUAACAGGAGGAAUCAGUGUGUAUAAUACAAAACCUUGGAUUGUCCGCAAGACCUCUGCCUCAGCCAACCGACCGGCUUCAAACAAGGUGAAGACCAGUAGGGGGAGCCUGAGUGAAUUUCGAGCAACUUCGAUGCAGAACCUUAGUACGAGUAGUGCAUCAGAGGAUGAUAGUGCCCGUGUCCACCCCCAGAAUGGAUCAAAGGAAUCUGAUCACAUUGACAGCUCUCUGCGUAGAGCAACUAGUGACCUUCAUGUCUCAACUGGGACUGAUGGAGAUGAGCAUGAUGAAAUGGAGAAGGAAUAUAUCAAGCUUCAGCAGCAGAGCUACCAUUGGCAAAAUCAACUGAUUCAUAAUCAGAGCAUCUUGGAGAACUUUGCUCCCCAGGGCUCCACUUCACUCCAGUCUUUUACAAUGAUCAAAGACCUCAUGCCAAGAAUCAACAAUUCCACCAUGAAUGCUGAGGAUCAGGAAGCUAACCUAGAACCAAAAGAAAAGAACAAAGAAGUGAAAGCGCAGACACUCCCAAGACAAGGUACUGAACAUGCUCCUGAGGUCACGUUAAGAGAGAAAUCAGCCACCAUCGCUCGUAUGGAGCCCAGCAAGCGUUACUCCUAUCAGGGUCCCCCAACAAUCAACAUGAGUACUUGGAGUGAACGACCUCGAGAUCGUCCCAUCCGCACCCAGGAUAUGUGGGGAUCAACUAUCAUUGAUCCCCCACUUUAUUCUCGCGGUGGAAGAGUCAUAGAUACACCACAAAUGUCUGUUAAGGACCGCAUGGCAGAAUAUCAUUCCAAGAGGCAGGAGAUCCUGCGUUCCUUUGAAGCUCCACUUGAACCAGUAGUUUCAACAGCAUCGACAAAGUCAGAGCCAGUAGUUUCAAUAGCAUCAACGAAGCCAGAACCAGUAGUUUUAAGAACAUCGACAAAGCCAGAACGGGUCAUUUCAGAUUCUCCACGUUCUGAAACGGUCACAAUUCCAAGUCGGCCAAAAUCAGCCAUGGACUGGUGGCAGUCACGUGAAAAAGCUGCCCAAUCAAAUCCUGUGCCAAAAGUGAAACAUGCUAUCCCAUAUGGACGUAAUGAUGGCACAGUUGCUGAGGAGUCUAUCAGCGAGCAGGAAGAGGAGGUAAUACGUAGCCAGAUCUUGAACUUGGCUCGCCGGCCAUCAGGUGAUCGAGAGAGAGAAGCCUUACAGAUCACAAAAGUGAACAUCACAAAAGAGGACAAAGGGAACAGUCCCAGUCGACUUCCAGUGCGGAAGACGGCCGAUACGUCUAGUCAGAAUGGACACAAGUUCACUUCUGUGGUCACAGUGUCCAAUGGUGUCUCCAAGCCUAGCAGCCUUCCAAUUCCUGUUGCCAACAAGGAGGUGCCUCCCCCACCCCCAAUGGGUGGUGCAGCGAUUUUUAUGCAGAAGCGGGUUACUGCUGGAGGUCGUCGCAUCGUUCCUCCCAAGAAUCAACCCAAACUGGAUCCUCGAGAGGAACUGAUGAUUGCCAUCAGAAACUUUGGAGGACAUGAAAGCUUGAAAAAAACAGGUUAG